GUGCGCACCUUGACCGUUCACAACACGGAGCAAAGCGGACUUCUCAGGUGUUCUUGUCUAUCAACAUGAAGGCUGUUGCAGUGGUACUUGCUCUGGCACUUGUUGCUGGUUGCCAUGCUCGCUCUUUGCCUGAUGCUGACCAGCCUCUGGUUAGAUGGGAAGAGACCGUGAAUCAAUUCUGGGAGUUCAUCUCCGACCUUAACACUCAGAGCAGUGAUGCGGUGGAAAACCUAAAGAACAUCCAGCUCAACAAGGAACUUGAUACUCUGAUAACUGAGACCGUGGCUGAGCUGAAAGUGUACAGGGAAAAUGUUGAGGCCAAACUGAACCCCUAUGCUACAAAAGAGACUUCAGAACAGCUGAAGCAGGAACUGGAUCUGCUGACCAGCAAGCUGCAGAAUGACAUGCAUGAUGCCAAGGAGCGUGCCACCCAAUACCUACAGGAGCUGAAGACCUUGAUGGUGCAGAAUUCAGAUGAUGUCAAGAACCGUAUCCAGAGCUACACUCGUAAGCUCAAGAAACGCCUGGGGAAGGACAUCGAUGAGAUCCGCAACACUGUGGCCACUUACCUGGGUGAGCUGGAGUCCCGUGCCAGGCAGAAUGCUGAGGUUGUAAAGAGCCAAUUCGAGCCCUCUGCAAAGCAGGUGCAUGAGGGUGUUAGCCAGAAGUUGAGCACCAUCAGUGAGCUGCUGCAGAGCCAAAGUCAGGGUGUGAGCCAGCAGCUGGAGGACCAGGCCAAAGUGUUGAAGCAGCAGCUGGAGGAGACCGCUGAAAACCUGCGUACUUCCCUUGACGGUCGCAUCGAGGAGCUCACCAGCCUCCUGAAUCCCUACACUGAGAAGAUCCGUGAACAGCUCCAGGCUGUCCUGGAUAAGAUCAAAGAGGCCUCAGCUGCUCUCCCUGCCCCACUGUAAAGCCACACAUUAUAACACAUUGUAUCAAACACAAGGAAAGAAAGUGGGGGUAAUAUUGGUCUCAUAAUGUUUGUUACUGAUGCUCUGACAGGGAAAGAACUGGACAUGGCUUCUUACUGAAACAUGGAAUACUGUUUAUUAAUCACCAUGUGGGCUUUCUCAGUAUUAAUCCAAUAAUAAUACUUCUUAAAGUGCAAUAGUGUAACUACCAUGACUAGUUUCUCAAAUCUAUUAGAUUGCAUAAAGAUGUGUGUUUUGGGAUGACAGCGACAGCAGAUUUACAAAGUUUCUUGAUAGUAAAACCAAACCUCAUGAAAUAUUGUCCACCAUUUCAAUCACAAAAUCUGCAAAUAAAUGUCCAACUGCUUUUUUUGUACUUGUAUGCAAUAAAAAAUGGGCAAUGGAUCAAA